AUGAAGUCAUCAGCACGGAUUUCUACACGUGAUGCUUAUGGAGAGAAUUCCCAUAUUUACUAUCCCAUCGUCAUUAUUGGGGCUGGACCUUCAGGCAUAGCCAUGGGCUGUCAAUUAAAAAGCAAGCUUCGUUUUGACCAGUUCAAAAUAUUUGAUCGCCAAGAGGGGCUUGGAGGCACAUGGUGGACGAACAGAUAUCCCGGAAUCGCUUGUGAUGUACCAACCUUGUUUUACUCAUUUUCCUUCGCCCCGAAUUACACUUCACCGACCGUGUUUCCUUCAGGUUGUGACUAUGUGAUGUAUCUCAAUAAAGUAGUGGAACGCUUUGAGAUAGCAGACAAGAUCAAUUUGAACACGGAAGUCAAGAGCUUGAAAUGGAAAGAGGAGGAAGAAGAAUGGGAAAUCGAGAUCUGUCGUGUUUAUCGAGAGGAACUCAUAACUCAUAGUCGACUUGAGAUAAUCCGAGCCAAAGUGGUUAUCAGUGGUGUCGGCAUUCUUACCAAUCCUAAAGAUUGGCCAGAAACUGUCUCAGGAAGGAACAUGUUCAGCGGUGAGAUUUUGCACUCUGCUCGAUGGCCGAGAAAUGUCAAUCUUGAGGGAAAAGACGUCGUGCUUGUGGGCUCAGGCUGCACCGCCGCCCAGAUUGCACCGGCAAUUCUUCAAACCAAGGUCAAGUCAUUGACGCACAUUAUACGAAAUCCACCGUGGUUUGUUCCUCGCAUUAAAGAGCCAGGAGGUAAAGAGGCUUACGCAAAGUUCGCACCUAUGAUUUACGGCUCCGUACCGAUUUUGGGCUUCCUCGUUCGCUUCAUUGUUUGCUGCAUGUCUGAGUUGCUAUGGUACGCUACGUUCAAGCGAAAAAACUUGGAGCUUCGGAAAAUCUCGGAAAAGUCAUCCUUGGACCAUAUGAGAAAGCUGGCACCUCAAAAAUAUCAUUCCAUAUUGACGCCGCGGUAUAGUCUUGGCUGUAAGCGCCGCGUUUUCGACAAUGACUGGCUCCAGAGUAUGAGCGAUCCUCGCUAUAUCCUAACGACACAGCCUUGGAUAGGUAUGAGAUGCAAUGAAGUGACUGUCGGGAGUUCUGAAUCAAAGUUUAACCUCGCUGCACUGCCGAGCCAGUAUCCCGCCGAUAUUCUUGUCUUAGCAACGGGAUUCAAGGUAUCACAAUUUCUACACCCUCUCUCCGUCAUGGGACGCCAGGGUAUCUCCCUUCAGCACGUUUGGAAGGAGCGAGGAGGCCCCCAAGCGUAUAUGGGAACAGGAAUUGACCAGUUUCCAAAUUUCUUCAUGAUCAUGGGCCCAAACACCUUCGUUGGUCAUACCUCAGUCAUCAUGAGCAUCGAAAAUAAUGUCCAAUACAUUCUCAAAAUGAUCGCCCCCAUUCUCCAAGGGUAUGUUAGUUGUCUGGAACCAAAGCCCGAGGCAGUAGAAAAGUGGGUACAAGAUAUCAGAAGAGAUAUGCAAGAAACCGUUUUUGAUUCCUGUCAAAGCUGGUAUAAUGAUUCCGGGGCUUGGAACACCGUCAUAUAUCCCCGAUCUCAACUUGACUUUUACCUCCGCUGCAGGUCUCCCAAAUUCAACGAUUGGACCCGAAAGCUUUCCGCACAAGGCCAGCAUCGACGAACACUCCAGCAAAUAAUAAAUAUGACCAUGAUAAUGUCAAUAGUUAUUGCCGUCUGCUACGGCGUGUGGUCAGAUCGAAGCUUCGAGGUUUUAGUGGAUAGAAAGUUGGUGUUACGAAAGACGGUACUCACAACAAUAGACAGCACUAUCAAAGCGAUGCAGGAAGCCAGGCAAUGGUUCUCGUAA